ACAUGGCGUCUGGUGAGUGCUCCACCUUCGAACGAGACUACUUUCAUUUCAGAUCGUAAAAAUCUGUCGCUCAGCCAUAUUUCAUUCUGUGAAAAACACGUCACGUCGGAAUCGCUUCUUCAUCGUUUACCUUCCUCGCAAACGAACUUCUUCGCAAAUAUAAAUAUCCAAUUAAAAGAUCGUGAUUAAUCGAAUCUCAGAUCGGCAUAUCUCGCGCAACUUGCGUGAAUAGAACUUACGUCCAGAACCAAUUAACCUUGAAUGCUAUAACGCGACACUGUGACACUGCAAUAAACACGACGAUGGAACAGAUGUAUAACUCGUUGGAUAAAACACGCUUGCGAUCCUAACAGUAAAGACAUUUAUAGGUAAACUGACGGAGGCUCGCUGAACGAGAAGUGUAGGAUAGAAGCGUUAAGAUAGUUGAAUGUCGAGCGACGAGGGCAGCCGGAAGAGCAACGUGGUGUUUAAGAAAAAUGCACGAGUCCCAUGCAACUGUGGAUGGGAAGUGAGAUUCGGUUACGGUGUUGCGGUUACCUUGGCCAUCUUCGAGGCCAAGCGUUUCUUUGUGUUGAUCCUGGAAAUAUUUGCCGAAUGGCAGAUCAUUCGGUUCGCAGGUGGUCUGCGGCCAGUCGUAUUUACCUUGGUAAACGUCAGCUUAGGCUUACCGACUGCUCUGUUCACUCUGCGUAGCAUACGAUCAGGGAAAGUACCGCGUUGCUGCGCGAAAACGAGACGAACGUUGAAGUGCUUGUUAAUGGUGAUGGCGAUAUGCGCCAUAACGAACGUGGCCACCCUAGUCUCCAUAGGAUAUCACAUGAGCGUCAGGCAAGAAACGUUAAUCGACGUUUUCAACAGUUCGAUGCACCUGUACGUGAGUGCAGCCUCUUACAAGUACACGAUCGACGAGAUACAGUUCAUCUUUCAAUGCUGCGGCCAUUCCUCCUACACAGACUGGUUCCUCUUUGACUGGCAGAGAAUAGACUACGCUUCGCGUGAAGAGAUGGCUGUUCAAACUCCGAUAUCCGACGAGGUAUAUAGAGAUCGAAGUGUCCCGUUUAGUUGCUGCAAUUUACAUGCAAUGACACCGUGCGAGCACACGGAGAUCUUGGAAGCCCAGGUGAAAACCAUAAAUACGAACGGCUGUGUCGAAGUUGUCGCACCUGUUAUCUUCAGAAUCGUCAUCGUCGCUUACGUCAUGACAAGCACGUUGGUCGUCAUCCAGGUCUUCUUAGCCUUCUUAAUUACCAAGAUCAUACGAAAAGUUUUAUGCGGAAAGUGUCGACCGUAUUAUUUUCCAAAGAUUUUCGCUAACGAGUCAACCAGCGCUUCAUUGAACACCACAAGUUCGGAAACAGAUGGACAAGACUUCAGCUCGUCCUCCAUAAAUUGGGACUCGCGAGCAAAAUCUACGAAGAAACGUGACAAACGUAAACGAAAUAACAAACGUGUACUACCAAAAAAUAAAAGCAACCAGAGAGACAAUUCUAAUUCUUCCUCGUCGCCGUUCGACUCUUCGCCUGGAACCAGAAACUCCAAUCGUAUUUGUAGAAUCCUCGACGCUGCUAGAAUCAAACCAAGCGCCCACGAGGAGCAUACAUUAUCCAAGAAACGAUUGCACGAUGAUGGAACGCGUUGAACAAACGGACAUAUCAUUCGCGUGUUUAUUCCAUCCGCGUGCAAAUCGUAUCACGUCGUAGAAAAUGUUUUACGAGCGUUUAAAAAAAGCAGGUUAAACACGAGACAAGUACGUGUUCUCUCUGCAAUCGAGAAAAUAAAUACAUAAAAAUUCGUUCCCACGGGAGGCAUUGCGAAGAAUGAAGAAUCUCGCCGACACGUGAAACAUAAUUUUCUAAGAAAAUUCAAAAAAAUUUGGUAAAGAGACAAAAUAACAUUUGCUUGGUAUCGGGGAAGCUGAUAAGGUAUAAUUAGCUAUGUACUUGUGAAACUCAUGUGAAAAAUAUGCAGAAAAGAUUCGCUCAGCAAACGAGGUGAAAUUUAAACGAUGUUGAAAGAAGAAAAACGGUGAUAAACACGAACUGGCGUUAGGAUAGCUACACGUCUUCGAUAACAAUGAAAUACAAAUUAUAACGAUUAGAAGAAGUAAGCGACGAUAGCGAAGGACAACCGUGUGGUGGGGAUCGACGAAUCUUGCAUUUAAUAAUACAAGAUCGUCCACUGGAGUGCAGUAUCAUUCGAAACAUCGUGGAGGGCGCAUCGGUAUAAACUCAAGUUGCACACACGUAUAUAUUCAUAUUACUUCGUAUUUUAAACGAAACGACUAGCAACAGUGAGUCUGCUCGGAACCGCGGUCCUAUUCCGGUGGCUGAGUUUGCACGUGGUGAGUGGUCGGUGAAUACACGCGCGCACUAUAUGCAACUCACGUAUUUUCCGUCCAAGUAUACCAGUGGUGCUACUUGAUCGCGACGUAAACGACACGAUCGCGCACGGGUGAAGAUCAACGAGAAAGAAAGAAA